UCCAGGAUGGUGUUGUUACGCGCGUCUCAGCUAGCGAUCGUAUUGAUUUGCAUCGGUGCCUUCGCGCUCGGGGAGAUCCACGAGGUGAAGCAGAUAACCGCGCACAAGUACAAGAUUGAAAAGGUGACGGACAGCAGCCUGAGACAGGCACUGAAAAGUAUCAGCCACACGAACGUGAAGGAGCUCGAUCUGAGCGGCAAUCUGCUGAGUGUGAUAAACGCACACGAUUUUGCUCCACUCACGAAUCUAGAGCAGCUAAACUUGUCCUCGAAUGUGUUUUCUGGGAGCGUUGAUUUGCAACCGCUGCCGAAGGUGCGGACCAUCGAUCUGAACAACAACUUCAUCACCGAUGUGCUAGUUGGGGCGUCCGUCGAGAAUCUGUACGCAGUGAACAACAACAUUUCGCGGGUUGACUGUCAGGAAGCGGGUGAAAGCUCGAACCCCAAGAAGUUCUUCCUGGCGAACAACAAGCUCAGCUCGUUGCUCGAUCUGAGUGCCGCCUGCCGGGUGCGGGUCGAAACUUUGGACGCGAAAUUGAACGAAAUCGACACCCUGAACUUCGGGGACUUAGUCGGUUCGAGUGACACGCUGCGACACCUGAGCCUGGAGGAUAACUUCAUCUUCGACGUGAGCAACUAUCCAAAGGUGGAGUUCUCGCGGCUGGACACGUUGGAUCUUUCCUCGAACAAGCUUGCCCAAAUGAGCGUGGCGUUCCGAGCGGUGGCUGCUGCAAAGUCAAUCAAUUUAGCCAACAACAAGUUCGUGCUAAUCGGCAACAUUACGUUCUCGACCAGCGUCACCAAGUUCGAUUUGAGUGGUAACGGUUUCCAGUGCGAAACGCUGAAGAAGUUCUUCGAGAAGAACAAACACCUGCAAUCGUACACGAUGGUUUCAACGCGGGAGACAUGCACCGGCACGACCAGGCACCAGGGCCCGUACUGUUGCGAGGAUCUCUCGGCGCCGUACGCCGAUCGGCUCAUCAGCCUGAAGCAAAAGGAGCAAAGCCUCUACUAUGGCCGUGGCUCGGAGCAGAACCGGGUGGAGUGCGAGCGUGAAAAUCAGGCUCGCCAGGCGAAGAUGAAGUCGAUCAGGAACAAGUACCACGUCACGGUCAACGAGGCGACGUAUCGAGAACGGAAGAAGAUCAUGCUGAACCAAGAGAAGGCUGCCCUGGAACAGAAAUUGCCUUUGGUGUCGGGGAGAGUCGGUGAGAUAGAAAGUCUGGUGAGGGAAUCGGCCGAACAGCUGAACCUGACGACGGAGGGCCAAAACCCGCUGCAACUAAUGCGAGCGAUCGUGCAAACGUUUGAAGAUCUGCACGCGGACGAGCAGACUAUACAGGACCAAGCCAUCAAGGACUGGGAAAUGCACAAUCAAAAGGAUGCGCCAUUGUCCGAAGAAAACGCACGGCUUAAGAAGGCGGUCCAGGGGGUGGACGAGACGCUGCAGUCCACCAACAGCACGCUGUUGGAAUUAUCUGCCAAGGAGCAGCGUUUGUUGAAAAUUCUAAAGAUGGACGGCCAGUAGAGUGCGCCGUCGUCGAUUUGUUGAGCUUUCCCGUAAUAAACGCACACCUACGAAUCGGUGUUGAAGCUUAGCAA